AUGACUCUCGGAGAUAAGCAGAAGUGGACAGCGGCCAACGUCCGUACCACGUUUCUAGACUACUUCAAAGAGCGGAACCACAAGUUUGUGGCAUCAUCUCCUGUGAUUCCAUACGAUGACCCAACGUUGCUAUUCGCUAACGCUGGUAUGAACCAGUACAAGCCCAUCUUUUUAGGGACGGUGGACCCAUCCUCAGAAUUCUACCACCUGAAGAGCGCUGUGAACUCUCAAAAAUGUAUCAGAGCGGGUGGUAAGCACAAUGAUUUAGAAGACGUAGGAAGGGACUCUUAUCACCACACUUUUUUUGAAAUGCUGGGUAAUUGGUCCUUCGGCGACUACUUCAAAAAAGAGGCUAUUCAGUACGGGUGGGAUUUGUUGACGAAGGUGUACGGCAUCCCAGCUGACAGACUUUAUGUGACUUAUUUUGAGGGCGAUGCCAAGCAGGGGCUUGAUGCAGAUGUGGAGGCUCGUGACUUUUGGCUUCAAGUUGGUGUUUUGGAGGAUCACAUCCUGACUGGCGACGCCAAGGAUAACUUCUGGGAAAUGGGAGACCAGGGUCCUUGUGGACCUUGCUCAGAGAUCCAUUAUGACCGUAUUGGGGGCAGAAACGCGGCUUCUUUGGUGAACAUGGACGAUCCGGAUGUGUUGGAAAUCUGGAAUAUUGUUUUUAUGCAAUACAAUCGUGAGCAAAACGGCAAACUAAGAUCUCUUCCUGCAAAACACAUCGACACCGGUAUGGGUUUUGAACGAUUGGUCUCCGUCUUGCAAGAUGUUAGAUCUAACUACGACACUGACGUAUUCCAGCCCUUAUUCGCGCGCAUUCAAGAGAUAACGGGCGUGAGGCAUUAUACUGGCAAAUUCGGCGCUGAGGACGUGGAUGGUAUCGAUACCGCUUACAGAGUCCUUGCGGAUCAUGUUCGUACAUUGAUGUUUGCCUUGGCUGAUGGCGGAGUGCCCAACAAUGAAGGAAGAGGGUAUGUUUUAAGACGUAUUCUGAGAAGGGGGGCCCGUUAUGCUCGUAAAUAUAUGAACUUCCCAAUUGGCAAGUUUUUUUCCACCUUGGCACCAACUCUGAUUGAACAGACCAAGGAGAUGUUCCCAGAAAUUGCCAAGGAUCCCAGCUACUUAUUCGAAAUUCUUGACGAAGAAGAACUUUCUUUUGCCAAGACUUUGGACAGAGGUGAAAAGCUCUUCGAAAAAUACGCCCAAGUUGCAUCCCAAAGUGAAAAUAAAACUUUGGAUGGUGUACAAGUUUGGAGACUAUAUGACACCUACGGUUUCCCAGUGGACCUGACCGAACUAAUGGCCGAGGAGCAAGGCUUAAAGAUCGAUGGUCCUGGGUUCGAAAAAGCCAAACAAGAAUCUUAUGAAGCCUCGAAGAAAGGCGGCAAAAAAGGUGCUUCAGAUCUAAUAAAGCUAGAUGUUCACGAGUUGUCCACCUUGAACUCCGAAAAUACUCUCAAGACCAAUGACUCGUUCAAGUACGACUCUGACAAUCUAGAGGCGGUUGUUUUGAAAAUUCAUGAUGGUGAAAAAUUCGUCGACGAAAUGACUGAAGUUGGUAAACAAUAUGGUGUGAUACUUGACAGAACUUGCUUUUAUGCCGAGCAAGGUGGCCAGGAAUAUGAUAUGGGUACUUUGGUUAUUGACGGUGUGACUGAAUUCAAGGUUGAAAAUGUUCAGCUGUACAAUGGUUACGUCUUUCAUACCGGCUCUCUUGCCGAAGGAAAAUUAUCAAUUGGGGAUAAUAUUAUUGCAUCCUUCGAUGAACUUCGCCGUUUCCCUAUCAAAAAUAAUCACACGGGUACUCAUAUUUUGAACUUUGCUUUGAAAGAAGUUUUGGGCAACGAGGUUGAUCAGAGGGGGUCUCUAGUUGCCCCUGAGAAACUCAGAUUCGAUUUCUCUCACAAGAAAGGCUUGAGCAUAGAAGAACUCCAGGCAAUUGAAAAUAUCUGUCACGAACAAAUCAAAGCUAAUCUUCCUGUUUACUACAAGAAUGUCCCACUCGAAUUGGCUCAAAAAAUCUCAUCCGUACGUGCUGUUUUUGGUGAAUCAUACCCAGACCCUGUUCGCGUUGUUUCUGUUGGUCAACCGAUCGACGACAUGCUAGCCAAUCCUUCUAGCGAAGAGUGGCAAAAGUACUCCGUUGAGUUCUGCGGUGGUACUCAUGUUAUCAAGACUGGGGACAUCAAAGAAUUUGUCAUAGUCGAAGAGAGUGGUAUCGCUAAGGGUAUCCGCAGAGUCGUUGCAGUUUCAGGUGCUGAAGCUCACGAAGUUCAAAGGGUUGCUCUAGGCUUCGAUAACGAUCUAACAGCAACUGAAAACCUCCCAUUCUCGCCUUUGAAGGAAAAAAAGCUAAAGGAAUUAGGUGUAAAGCUGGGUCAACUCCAGGUUUCCGUGAUUACUAAAAAUGAACUCAAAGCCAAGUUUACGAAGAUCGAAAAGACGGUUAAGGAUGAGAUUAGAACUAGAGCGAAGAAGGAGAUCAAACAAACUGUGGACGAAGUCAAGAACUUUUUCAACAACAACGAAUCUGCUCAUUUUUUCGUCAAAUAUAUCGACAUUCCAACUAACCCUAAGGCAAUCACUGAAGCUGUGACAUACAUCAAGACAUCCGCAAAAGAUAAGUCCAUUUAUCUGCUGAAUGGUAGCGAAAAGGUCGCCCAUGGAUGUUACAUUUCUGACUACGCACUUGAAAAGGGCGUAGAUGGUGCCCAGCUAUUGGAGGCUAUCUCUAACAACGUUGGAGGUAAAGCUGGUGGUAAGAAGAAUGUUUUUCAAGGUGUUGGUGAUAAGCCAGAGGGUAUCGCCCAAGCCGUAAACGAAGUUGAAGAUAUUUUCAGAUCCAAGCUCAUGAUAUAA